AUGGACUGUUCUUCGUUUCUCGACAUAUCUCUCAAUCUCAACACCAACACUCUCGAUCGUAGUUUCCCAGCAAAACUUCCGAAGAAAGAGGUCAAGGUUUCAAAUUCUCCUAAUUUGGAAAGGAAUUGGUUAGUCAAAGACGAGAGCGUAAGUGAGUUAAGAGAAGAGCUUAACAGAGUAAACUCAGAGAACAAGAAGCUAACAGAGAAGCUUGCAACAGUCUACGAGAGCUACUGCGCAUUACAUCAAUAUUUGGAGAAGCUUCAGAGUCGACAAAGCCCUGAAAUGGAUCAGAUCGAACAACCGACAAAGAAAAGAAAACAAGAUUCGGAUGAGUCCUUAAGCAUUCCUAAUGGAUUCAGUGAUGGAAAAACUGACAACAGCUCUAGCAACGAAGAUCAUCAUCAUCAUCAUCAGCAGAAUAAUCAGCUUAUUUCAUGCAAAAGACCAGUCACUGAUAGCUUCAACAAAGCAAAGAUUUCGACAGCCUACUUUCCUGCUAAUUCUUCCGACACAAGCUUGACAGUUAAAGAUGGAUAUCAAUGGAGGAAAUACGGUCAAAAAGUUACAAGAGAUAACCCUUCACCAAGAGCUUACUUUAGAUGUUCUUUUGCGCCAUCUUGUCCAGUAAAAAAGAAGGUGCAACGCAGUGCAGAGGAUCCGUCAGUACUGGUAGCUACAUACGAAGGGACGCAUAACCAUUUAGGUCCAAACGCUUCUGAAGUGGAUGCUACAAGUCAUGUUGGAUCAAGAACUGUGACUUUGGAUAUGGUUAAUGGUGGUCAUAGUUUAGCUUUGGAGAAGAACGAAAGGGAAACGAUGCAAGAGGUUCUGGUUCAGCAAAUGGCGUCUUCGUUAACGAAAGAUUCGAAGUUUACUGCUGCUCUUGCUGCUGCUAUAUCUGGGAGGUUGAUGGAGCAGUCUAGAACAUGA